AUGCGGAAGUUGGAAUAUCCGAUGCUCAAAGGCCUGACCUACCUUGACCAUGGCGGCACAACCCUCGCACCAAAGUCAUUACUUGAAUCCUUCUGCAAUGAGAUGCAGCGUACGCUUCUUGCCAAUCCACACUCUGAUUCUUCUAAUCCAAGUGUGACCGCCAUAAUGGUAGAGCAAACGCGGCUUGCGGUUUUGAAUAUGUUCAAUGCCGAUCCAGCGUACUUCGAUGUUGUCUUUACCGCCAACGCGACUGGCGCAAUCAAAUUGGUAACUGAAGGCUUCUCAGGCCAAGACGAGGGGUUCGAUUACUGUUACCAUCGCAAUAGCCACACAAGCCUUGUUGGUGUUCGGGAACUCGCCCAUCGUAGCCAUUGCCUCGUAUCGAAUGAAGAGACAGAAGAUUGGCUUGCCGAUGGGAACCGUACCUUCAACGCAGAGCCCUUGUCGAGAAGGCCGAUGUUGUUUGCGUAUCCGGCUCAAUCGAACAUGAAUGGUGAAAGACUGCCGCUUGACUGGAUUACCAAGCUCCGACUCUCAUUACACCAUCCAAACUCUUACUCUCUUCUCGACGUAGCCGCUUUGGUAUCCACAACCCCAAUUGACUUGAGCAACCACCUCUUUGCCCCUGACUUUAUCACACUCUCCUUCUACAAGAUCUUUGGGUUCCCAGACCUUGGUGCCUUGAUCGUUCAGAAAUCAGCCGGCCAUGUGUUCGAUAAGCGGAAAUAUUUCGGCGGUGGUACGACGGAGAUGACAACGUGCAUCAAAGAGUCGUGGGUUGUUCGCAAGGAAUCGAGCCUACAUGCACGGUUAGAGGACGGAACAAUCGCGUUUCGGAAUAUACUUGCUUUGAAGUGUGCCAUAACAACUCACCGCCGUCUAUUUGGUGGGCUCGAGGAGGUCUCGAAACAUGCCAGCUGGCUUGCCAAAAUCCUACACAAGCGCUUGGCGAGCAUGGCUCAUGACAAUGGCGCGGCAGUAUGCCGUAUGUACCAGUCGAAAGACUCUAGUUAUGACCACUCGCAAACGCAAGGACCAACGAUAGCCUUCAAUGUACGCAGAAGUAACGGAACAUACGUUGGCCCAUGGCACGUCGGCGCGUCGCUAAGAGCGAGUAGGAUCCAUGUUCGUACGGGCAAUGUGUGUAACCCUGGAGGUAUCGCAUGCGCGCUAGGCGUGAACGACGAGUGGUUGCGCGGAGCAUUCAAUGCGGGCUUGCGGUGCAAUACGGAGGCUGAUAUGCUGGAUGGAAUACCUGUUGGAAUAGUCAGGAUAACCAUUGGAGCUGUCAAUACCUUGGAAGAUGUUGACACGCUCGUCGCAUGUCUAUCGCGAGACCUUAUGGAGCAAAAGGACCAUGUUCAAGCGACAGUGAAGAUGUAUGACAAGAAGGACGAAGGGAUCCUGGGGUCUAGGUCUCCCUCUGCUGUUUCGGAGAUAAAUGGCAUUCGGAUAGAACCGAUGACAUCACGACGCGAGGAACACUACAACGGGCCAAAAACCUCUAGAAGGUCAUUUCCAUGGUUGCAAAGGAAAAGAAGUUGGUUGUCCGCCAUGAUACACACGGGUAGAUCGGCUGGGAGUCCUCCGUAG